AUGAAUAUUCCUAGUUAUUUAAAUUUUCAUUCGAGAAAUUAUACGUUCAAUGUAGGUAAUAAUACCCAUCUAUCUAUCUAUCAAUCUAUCUAUCUAUCUAUCUAUCUAUCUAUCUAUCUAUCUAUCUGUUUAGCCAUCUCUUUCUCUCUCUCUCCCUCUCCCCCCCCUCUCUCUAUCUAUCGAUCUCAAUCCACUUCUAUCUAUCUAUCUAUCUAUCUAUCUAUCUAUCUAUCUAUCUAUCUAUCUAUCUAUCUAUCCCCCCUCUCUCUCUAUAUAUAUAUAUAUAUAUAUAUAUAUAUAUAUAUAUAUAUAUAUACAACAAAUCGGGAUACCCAUUACGACCUAUUAUUUCUCAGAUUCCAACAGAAUAUACCAACUUUCUCCCAUAUAUGUUUCUUCUUUCUUUCUUUCUUUCUUUCUUUUUCUUUUCUUUUCUUUCUUUACAUUUCUAAUCUACUUCGUCGUUUUACUUAUAUCACUUUCGACUUUCAUCUUCUUUGUCAUAUGAUCUUUCUUUCUUUCUUUAUUUCUUUCUUUAUUUUUUCUUUCUUACUUUCUUUCUUUCUUUCUUUCUUCAUUCCUUCCUUCCUUGGUUUCUUUCUUUCAAUAUUUCUUUAUUUCUUUAUUUACUUCUUUCUUUCUUUCUUUAUUUCAUUUUCUCUUGCUUUAUUUCUUGCUUUAUUUAUCUCUUUUUAUCUUUCUUUCUUGAAUUCUUUUGUCAUUUUCUCUUUCUUUCUUUCUUUUUUUCAUGUUUCCUUGAUUUUGUUCUUAUUUCUUUUCUUUUUUUCUUUUUUCUUUCUUUCUUUCUUUCUUUCCUUUUUCAUGUUUACUUGCUUUUGUUCUUAUUUCCUUGCUUUUUUUUUCUUUCUUUCUUUCUUUUUUUCUUUCUUGCUUUCUUUUUUCUCUUUCUAUCUUUUUUCAUGUUUCCUUGCUUUUGUUCUUAUUUCUUUUCUUUAUUUUUUCUUUCUUUCUUUUUUCUCUUUCUUUCUUUUUUCCUGUUUCCUUGCUUUCUUUUUCUUUCUUUCUUUCUUGCUUUCUUUCUUUCUUUCUUGCUUUCUUGCUUGCUUUCUUUUUUCUCGUUCUUUAUUUCUUCUUUACUUUCUUUCUUUUUUCUUUCUUCUUUUUUCUCUUUCUUUCUUUUUUCAUGUUCCCUUGCUUUUGUUCUUAUUUCCUUGCUUUCUUUUCUUUCGUUCUUUCUUUCUUUCUUUCUUGCUUGCUUUCUUUCUUUCUUGCUUUCUUUUUUCUCUUUCUUUCUUUCUUUCUUUCUUUAUUCUUUUUUUUCUCUCUUUUUUCAUGUUUCCUUGCUUUUGUUCUUAUUUCCUUGCUUUCUUUUUCUCUCUUUCUUUCUUUCUUUCUUUCUUUUUUCUUUUUCUUUCUUUCUUUCUUCUUUUUUUCUUUUCUCUCUUUCUUUCUUUCUUCUUUUUUCUCUUUCUUUCUUUUUUCAUGUUUCCUUCCUUUUGUUCUUAUUUCCUUGCUUUCUUUUUCUUUCUUUCUUUCUUUUUUCUUUCUUUUUUCUUUCUUGCUUUCUUUUUCUCUUUCCUUCUUUGUUUCUUCUUUUUUUUCUUUCUUUUUUCCUGUUUCCUUGCUUUUGUUCUUAUUUCUUUUCUUUAUUUUUUUCUUUCUUUCUUUUUUCUCUUUCUUUCUUUUUUCCUGUUUCCUUGCUUUUGUUCUUAUUUCCUUGCUUUCUUUUUCUUUCUUUCUUUCUUUCUUUCGUUCUUUCUUCUUUUUUCUUUCUUUUUUCAUGUUUCCUUGCUUUUUUCUUAUUUCUUUUCUUUCUUUCUUUCUUUCUUCUUUUUUCUUUCUUUGUUCAUGUUUCCUUGCUUUUUUCUUAUUUCUUUUCUUUCUUUCUUUCUUUCUUUCCUCUUUUUUCUCUUUCUUUCUUUUUUCAUGUUUCCUUGCUUUUGUUCUUAUUUCUUUCUUUUACUUUCUUUCUUUCUUUCUUUCUUUCUUUCUUUCUUUCUUACAAGAUAUAGAUUCGAUUCCUCUGGAGAACGCAUAAACUGGAAAUUUCUUAUUUUUGUAUUCUUACUUUAUUCGGAUAUUUGA